AUGGAUGCGCUGCACAACGUGUCAUCACGUGCGAUGGAUAAUGCGUUCACUCCUCCCCAAUGGCAGUUCCAGUUCUCAACUUUCAAACAAGCAGUUCAAGUUCCACGUCCACAACGCCACGGACGCGCUAUAAAAGGCAACACGGCGAGGGCGCCAUUCCUGCGAGCUCAGUCUUACCAAGCAGCAAGAGAGAGUGCAGUAGCUGGUCUCUCUAACGACAAGCUUGUGCGAGCGGCAACGAUGGCGGCUUCGGGAAGAGGCAAUGCAGCGGGCAGUAAGGCGCUUGUCGCCGGCGCCGCGUUCCUGUGCAUGGCCGCGGUGCUCCUGGCGGCCACCCCUGCUGCCGAGGCGGGGGCGACGACGUACCUUGUCGGCGACGCCGCCGGGUGGACGCGCAACGUCGACUACGGCGGGUGGCUGGCCGGCAAGACCUUCCGCGCCGGCGACGUGCUCGUGUUCAAGUACAACAGCACGUUCCACGACGUGGCGUGGGUGAGCAAGGGUGGGUACAAGAAGUGCACCGUGUCGCCCAAGGGGUUCGCCCCGGUGUACCGCAACGGCUACGACGCGGUGACGCUGCCCAGGGGCACGCACUACUUCAUCUGCGGCGUGCCGGGCCACUGCAGCGCCGGCAUGAAGCUCGCCGUCACCGUGUACUGA